CUCUCUCGCUCUUACACAGACUGAAUCGGUCAUGGCUACUUUAAUACGGUGGUUAAAGAAAUUGUACGUUUUCUUGUUCAUAUGUCCUCUUUGUGUUUCGGCUUUCUUGAAUUUGGAAGAGCUGAAUGAGAUGAAAUAUGGAAUUGUAAUUCUUCCAGAUCCAGUCAUCUUGGGGCAGACCAAAAUCGAGGAGGUUAUGAUGGUCUCCAGCAAAUACAAACAGCUGUAUGAGUGUCGCCUUCCAGCCCAGGCUGUUCGCUUUCAUCAGGAUCCUCCUUCGGAGCCUGACUCCCUUGGAUACACUGGACCUGACAUCCCAGACCUUCUCAGUCCAAUGCAUAGUGCUGCAUGCCUGGUCAAGACGAAGGGCUGGUGGACAUAUGAGUUUUGUCAUGGCCAGUAUAUCAGCCAGUACCACCUGGAAGAAACAGAAAUCAAAGGAGACAUUCUUUUCUUGGGAUAUUAUGAAUCUGAAUUUGACUGGAGCAAUGAAACAGCAAAGGCCUCCAAGCAGCACAGACUAAAACGCUACCACAGUCAAACCUACGUAAAUGGGUCAAAAUGUGACCUAAAUGGAAAUCCCAGAGAGACUGAAGUCCGGUUUGUGUGUGAGGAAGGCUCCAGUGACUACAUUGCCCGUGUGGAUGAGCCUCAGUCGUGCCGUUAUGUGCUGACAAUCCACACCAGUCGCACCUGCCAGCAUCCAUUUCUCCGACCGCCUUCCACUGCCAAGCCCCAGGACAUUGUGUGCCAGCCGGCACUUAGUGCCCAACAGUACAUGGACUAUGUCAAGGCUCAAGUCUCUGACACAAAGCGUAAAGUGGAGCAGAUCUCAGAGGAGCUGAGGAAUCUUGAUGAGAUGUUGGCUGGUAAUGAUGGGGCAGGUGGCACCGCAGAAGUCACAGCAGAAGAGGCUUUGACUGCGUCCAGUGACUACCCAGACUUGUCAGACAAGAAAGAUGAUGCUAAUGUGUUGGAGGAUGUUGGAUCAAAAGACACAGAUGAUUCUGAUUUCUGGGAAGGAGUGACUAAGCCAGAGAGUUCAGCAACUGAUUCUCAACGAGAGAGUCAGGGAGGAGAUGAUGACUACAAUUCACUCACAGAUAAUCAAGUAAAGGAUGAUGGUGAUGAAGUAGAAAAGUUCAACUUUAAAAUCAUCACUGACCCUGCAGACCUGAUGAAAUUUGUCCAACACCUCAAAGAGAGCAACAGAAAGAAAACAACAAAAACUGAACCCAGAAGUCAAGGACAGAAACAAAUAAGCAACAAAGUGAAAGACAAGAGUGCCGAGGAAGAGAAGGAUGAUGACGAUCACCUGCUCCAGGAGUUUGAAGAUGAGAUGGCUGACCUGUCAGUGCCAUCUGAUAAGGUCGAUGAGAUAAAGGAGGAAAUGCAGAAGGAGUUUGACAACAUUAUAAAUGAGGCCCAGCAGGAGCUGGAGACAGAGGGGCUAAAAGGGGAGUUUGAUCGUACUCAAGCAGCACAUACGCUGGAGAUGACACUGGACAAGCUGCUUGACCAUUUGGAAGAGAAAGAAGUCCAUGACCCAGACCAACAAACAGCUGGAGGUCAACAAGCCAGUGAGCCAACCAGAGGUAGCUCCAGCUUGGCUCCAAAGCAGCCAGACCAAGCAGCUGACAACCAUGUUAAGAUCAAAAUUACUAAGUAUAAGACGGGCAGCAGCCCUGAUGGGGAGGUCAAAGUUCAGGAGAUGGGCGAAGGAGACCCUGAGUGGCAGCAUAUAACGGACGUGGUUAAAGAACAGCUAGAGAAAGCAGGACUGAAGGCUGAAGGUAAAAUUGAGGUGAAGAUUUUAACAAGAAAAAACGUGGAGGAGGCAGGUGAUCAGUGGCUGACAGAAGAAGAUACAAAGUCGUUCAGGGAACUCCUCAUAAAUCUCUUGACUGGAGGCACAGAAGAAGUCUACAGAGAACAAAAGAGGCAGCAGGAAUUGGAGAACAACUAUAGGUUUGUGUGGGGUGAGUCCAAGGAGGAGUCCCAGUCAACAAGCACCUCUGACUCAGAUGAUAUGGAUCUAUGAACUGUUUGUGAGAUUGACUGCACCUUUUCCAAACUCGAGCUCCUGUGGAGACCAGAAGUAAUGUGGACUCUGAAGUGCAGCAGCCAGUUUAAAAGAGCCCACAUGAUCCAAUAAUUGCUAUUAAACAUGGCAAAUAUCAGCUCAACUGUUUGCACAGUCACUGAAUCUGUCAUUGUGUGUUUGAUGGACACUAUGUUCAUAGACACCAACUAAAGGCUGCACAGUGAAAAUGUGCAGUUGGAGCAAGUUGGUGUCACUUAACCCAGUGUUUUGUUUUUUUUUCCCAGUUGGGAAAGUGUGUCCAAAUGUGAGGUUAAUUGAGUAAUUAUCUCUUCUUUUAAAGGUCUUAGCAACACACUGUAUAUACAGCUGUCAUAUUUUCUGAGUUUGUUUAAGAUAAUUAUGCUCCCAAAGCAGAACUUUACUGUUUUCUUAGCCAUAAAUAUUUGCACGAUAGUCCAUUCACUGUUUGCUGAAAUGUCUAAUUGGUUCACCUUUCGGUCCCCACUUCCUUCCUGCAAAGCCUAAGGAAGUUUCAGAUUUGAAUUAAAAGGGCUUGAUUUGUA